AAUUAAAAGAAAAUUAAAAUCUCCCCACUCUUUAUAUAGAAGUCAAGCUGCGCAAAACAAAGUUCGUUGUGACUUGGUUGUUCUCUUCUUCUUCUCUCUAACAAAAGGAACCUUAAAUUACCAAAAUCACACAAAAUGGAUUGGGUUCGAGGUGAAACAGUAGGUCAUGGGAGCUUUGGCAAAGUGAGUUUUGCAAUACCCAGAAGCCAGAGUACUCUGUUUUCUCCAUCAAUGGUGGUUAAGUCUUCUUCCGCUUCCUGCUCAGCUACUCUGAUGAUCGAGAAGCUAAUAUUGGAAGAACUUAAGGGUUGUCCACAAAUUAUCAACUGCAUAGGUGACAGCUACACCUUUGAAAAUGGUGAAAAGUUGUACAAUGUCUUAUUGGAGUAUGCUUCAGGUGGCUCUUUGUCAGAUAAGUUCAAGAAUUCCGGUGAUCGUAUGUUGCCUGAAUUUGAAGUCAGGAAGUACACCAAGGCGUUAUUGAAAGGGCUACACUACAUCCACAAGUGUGGCUAUGUCCACUGCGAUAUUAAACCACAGAACAUUCUUCUAGGCGAAAAUGGGCAAGUCAAAAUUGCUGAUUUUGGAUUGGCGAAGAGAGCGGAAUCCAAUAAAGAUAAUAAAUUGCGAUGUGAAUUGAGGGGCACUCCACUGUACAUGUCGCCUGAAAUGGUAACCGGAGGCGAACAGGGUACCCCAGCUGAUAUCUGGGCACUUGGAUGCGUGGUGACGGAAAUGGCAACUGGUAAUCCAGUGUGGAGAUGUUUAGAUAUAGCUAAAUUGUUGAUGGUAAUUGGAGUGGGUGAUCAAUUGCCUGAAAUUCCUGAAGAAUUAUCGGAAGAAGGAAAAGAUUUUCUAGGGAAGUGCUUCGUGAAGGAUCCGAGAAAGAGAUGGACCGCAGAGAUGCUACUGAAACAUCCCUUUGUUGCUGAUCAAGAUGACACUGUUACAUUGAAUAACGUAACAUGCGAGUGUGGAACACCCACGAUAUCUCCUAGGUGCCCAUUUGAUUUCCCAGAUUGGAUAUCUAAUGACUCUGCUGAAUCCUCGGUAACAUGUUCAAUUACAUCAUUGCCCUCGCCGGCGUUUCAAGAAUUGAUGAACUUGAACAACGGUUCAUGGUCUAUAGCGCCAGCAGAGAGGAUGCGGGGAUUACUGGGUGAAUGUAGACCUGAUUCUGAAUGGUCUACUGCUGAUGACUGGGUUAGCGUUAGAUGAUGUCAAUCUUGUAGUAAUAGAAAAGUCUUAGAUUUAGAUCUCUGUAAGAUUUUUGCUUGCCAAUUCUGUGAUUAGGCUAGGCCAAUUUGUUCAAUUUUUUUUGUACAUAGAGAACAGAUAAAUUUUAUGAUGACGAAGAAUUGGGUCAUUGGGACUUACCCAGAUGUACAGUUAAAAGAAUAUUAGUGUUUAAUAAAUCAAUGUUUUUACUUCGUUGAG